ACAAAUCAAAGCUCCCUUUGCCUUUACACAGUGUAAAUAAGGACCCAGAGAAGUACAUUUAUCCUCCUACAAGUUUUCAUAUUAUACAUACAUUAGAACAACCAAACUUUGGAUGCAAGCAAACCCUAUAUUAUUUCUCCUUCCUUUCUUCAAACUCACUGUACUAAUUUUUAGAAAUGCUUCUUUCUUCGUUCAUUAUUUAUUUUCAGCUCUCUCUCUCUCUGAUCUCUCUCUAGAUCUCAGUAAUAUAGGAGCCAGCACCAGCUAUGGAGGAAUAUUCAACUAAAUCAAGUAUGCAUGCAGAGGAGUAAAAGUGAAUAGGAAUUUGAUUCCUCCCGAAACCUUGAAGCAGAAUAAUUAAGCAGCUGCUAGCUGCCUAUAGGGGACAGGCUACACAACAAACAAGUCUGCUUUUCUUUCCCUUUUUCCCCUUCUAUUAAUUCCAAGUCUAACCGCAACCCUAUUCCUUUCCUUCUUAGAUUAUUCUAAUUUGGAGUAGUGGGCAUAUAACUGUGUAAACAAACAAGGGAAAUGACUCACUGCAAUGAUCUUGGUCAGGAAGACCAAACAAUCAUUGCCAAAGAUGGCCUAACCACCAGAACAUGUCCUUCAUGUGGUUAUCAGAUCAAAUACCAACAACAGGCCGGAAUUCAAAACUUGCCCGGGCUGCCAGCGGGAGUGAAGUUUGAUCCUACGGAUCAAGAGGUGCUUCAACAUUUGGAGGGGAAGGUCUGGAGUAGUACUGAUAUUGCUGCAGGCAAUAAGCUCCACCAUCAUCCUCUGAUAGAUCAGUUCAUCCCUACAAUUGAAGGGGAGAAUGGAAUUUGCUACACUCAUCCACAUAAGUUGCCAGGAGUUAGCAAAGAUGGGCUGGUACGCCACUUCUUCCAUCGACCUUCCAAAGCUUACACAACAGGAUCUAGGAAAAGGAGAAAGGUGCACACUGAUAGGGAUAGCAGCGGCGAGGGAGGCGAGACGCGGUGGCACAAGACAGGCAAGACCAGACCAGUAUUUGUUGGUGGCAAAGUGAAAGGGUACAAAAAGAUACUUGUGCUCUACACAAACUAUGGGAAGCAAAGAAAGCCUGAGAAAACCAACUGGGUAAUGCACCAGUACCACCUUGGCAAUAAUGAAGAAGAGAAAGAUGGAGAGCUUGUGGUCUCCAAGGUGUUCUACCAAACACAACCUAGACAAUGUGGGAACUCAGGUAUGAAGGACUUGAUUAAUAAUAACUCUGCCAAAUUGAUGAAGGGACAAAGUGGGCACAAUGAGGCACUUGUUCAGUAUUGUAAUAAUGCUAAUUCCUUCAUAUCCUUUGAUCAAAAUGGCCAAGAUAGAUCGAGCAGUAAUCCUCAAAUAAUUCCUCAUCAUUUUCCUCUUCAUGAUGGGUCGUUUGUUUCUUUGAAAUAAGGAAUGAGUGGGAGGUAAUAAAGGACAAAAGAGGUAUACACAUUCGUUCAAUAAAGGCAGGUCUGGCCUAUUGUUGGCUCUGAAAAUUGUGAAUGAUGAAGUAGUUAUUUCGUAUGCUGAUUUAGGAGGUGAUAUGUCGUAGGGUGAUACAAUAAACAAAAGUAUUUGGCCUUGGGGGCCGGGGGAGAGGGAAGAAGGUGAUAACCUUUUUAUUUUUAUUUUUUCGAUUUAAAUUUAUGUUUACAUAGUUGGUAAAUGUACAAUGAACACAAAUGUGUAAUGUAUGCAUGUCCAUCCAAAGACUUGAAGAUUUGGUCAUGCUUUGUACGUAAGAAACAGAAAGUUGUAAACAUCACAUGACCCUUUGAUUUGGGGAAGUGUAAAUUAUAAACUAAGCUAUACAAA